AUGCCCCCUCCACCUGACCUCAGCCACGGCGCCAAAGACAGGCGAAUUCGCAGAGCGUUGGAGCCCAAUGCCCGGGGUGAAUACAAGGUGUCUGAGGAAAUCAGAAAGUUAUGGGAAGAGGGUAAGAAAGACACUGUCUUCAGGUUGUUCGCUGAAUGUGGAACUGCAAGCUCUGCCCCAGAUGGUGCGGUGCCUGCCGGUGGGUUGCCAUCAUCAGUCGUGGAAACGGUGAAGCUGUUGAAAAGACUUGGUUACCCCGACUCCCAAGAGAUUCACCAAUCAAGUGCCCUUCUCAACAAGGUGGCAACAGCAGUCACUAAACGCAUGGGCCAACUGGAGUUGAUCAAAGUCAGUUUGUCAAAACCAGACAUGGCAGCAUCGCAGCUGACUGUCAUUCCGAAAGAUACCCCAAAGGCAAAGUCCGGGGCAUCGACAGCACCCAAAAGGGCUGCAAAGGCCAAACCCGUGGCCAAGGCGAAGGCUGUUAGUGAGCCACCACCGACGCCCAAAAGAGGUGCUGCCCCGAAGGCACCUGCUCCAAAGCGACAGCGAAAGUCUUGCGAUGAUAUGGACAAAAUGGCAACGCUGGAACUUUUGGCAGAUCAAGCCCCAGCUUGCCGGCUUGGUUCUCUGGCUCGUGCUGCAGUCAAAGAUGGUGCGACUGCCCAGAGCCUGCAUGAUGCUAGCAAAGUCCACGUAUCACAUGGAGAGCGGGAUGCCCACAGGGUUCUGAACAAGUAUUGGUUGUCCCUCAAAGUUCCCAUCAAGCACAUCUUGGUUGGUCCAGUUGAAGGGGGCCAGAGCAUAGACAUUCCCUACUACAAGGUGGGUGACAUGGCCACACACCUUCUGCAGAAGAACCCAGCAGUGAUAUUUGGUGGUGUUGAUCUUCGGGCUGGUGAAGCCAAAUGCAUGGACGUCCUGCCUGGAGCGAAGGGGAGGAAGCAUCCAGCAGGUGUACCAUCAAAAGGAGACGCCUCGGCCGGCAUGCUGAGGAGAAAACCCAAACUCACAACAACUUGGGACCCUUGG